GCGCCAAUUCGCUGCUCAAAGAUGCAAAGUACGACAUUAUUUACAUACAUCCCGAGGCAUUUCUGUCUUGUAAGGAAGGAAUGGAACUAUUACAGAGCAAGCCUUAUCAGGAGUCCGUUCAAUCAAUUAUUGUAGAUGAAGCUCACUGUAUUUUAGAAUGGUAAGUUAGUAAAUGUAUAUUAAAAAUGUUUUAUAGAAAUUAUACAAAAAUUUUAAUAACGCAUUGACGUCAACUUGUAAAAAUAUUAAUUAUUAUGUUUUAUUGUUUUGCAGGGGACUUGACUUCAGGAAAGAUUAUUCAAAUUUGGCAAUGUUGUGUGCUACGUUUCCUACCGUUCCUGUUGUUGCCCUCACUGCUACAGCAAGCAAGGCAGAUGUUAUAUUAAUUAAAGAAUCUUUAAAUUUGAAAAAGCCAGUGGAAAUCACAGCUAAUCCUGACAGGCCAAAUAUAUUUUAUGAAAAGAUCAUCAGAAAGGGCAAUGACCUUGAAUUUUUUCAAGAACUUCUACACAACAUUUCAACUGAUUUGCUUAAAAGGAAAUUGGAUUACCCUUUGACCAUUUUGUACCUGCCACUAAAAUGGUGUGGCUAUGCCUUCAAGUAUCUUGAUAAACAUUUGGGUAAGGAACAGUACUAUCCUCUUGAUGCUGAAUCAAUACCCGAAAAUAGGCUGUUUGCCCAAUUUCACUCACCCCAGACAAAUGCUAUGAAGAAUCAGAUUCUCACUGAACUCUCUUCACCAAUGUCAAAAUUGAGAGUUGUAUUUGCAACUGUUGCAUUGGGAAUGGGCAUUGAUAUACCAUGUAUAAGACAUGUUAUUCAUGUUGGGCCACCACAUACAAUUAGAGAAUAUUUUCAGGAGACCGGGCGAGCAGGUCGUGAUAGGAAACAAUCAACAGCUGUCUUAUACUACAACAAGCGUGAUAUUGCAAUGAGCCGGCCUGGAAUUAGUGACAGUAUUCGUGAAUACUGCAAACUUGAGGACAGCUGCCUUAGGAUGUUUUUGUUGGGCUGUCUUGACGUUCAUGAUGACGUUCAUGAUUGUAAAAUGCAGUGUAAAUGUUCAGAAUGUACAACAUAA